GUGCAAGCAAAGAAACAAACAUUUUCUUCAUUUGAUGACUUGUUGGAAAAUUCUGAUAAACCUGUACUGGUUGACUUCUAUGCAACCUGGUGUGGCCCUUGUCAGUUCAUGGUUCCAAUUCUCGAUCAAGUUAGCGAGAAACUGAAAGAUAAAAUCAAAGUCGUGAAAAUCGACACGGAGAAGUACACGACGAUCGCAAAUCGGUACAAAAUCGAAGCUCUUCCUACAUUCAUUCUUUUCAGAGAUGGGCAGCCCUGCGAUCGCUUCGAAGGAGCUUUGCCUGCUGAGCUGAACAGCUUAUCAGCAGGAUAGAGAAUGUGCUGAAUGUUCGACAAUAGCUUUACUUGGUGAGCAUUUACUGUGCUUCAGGAAGAUUUACAUGCACACCACUCGGUUCUUACAUAUUUACAUAUCUUACGCCUAAAUUGCAAUUUUUACAUAAAUACCACUAUACUACCUUCCCUAUGCACGACAAUGUGUAUUUCACUUUUUU